GAGAGAGAGAGAGAGAGGAGAGAUCGGGCUCCUCGUCCUCGAUCGCGCGAUCGCGUCCCGGAGAAGCGCUUCCGCAGCCGUGGCGCGCGCGCGGGAGCCGCCGCAGGGCGGCGCCGCCGCCGAUGGAGAGGAGGAGGAGGAGGAGGAGGAUCGGGGGAUUCGGUCGGGUGCGUGGAGUGCUUGAUGGGGAUGAUGGUGACGCUGGGGAUAGGAUCGUGCCUCCCCGGCGAGGAGCGCGGCGUCUGGGCUAGGGUUCCGGCGUGGAGGAGGCAGAGGAAGUGGGCGGCGGGGAAGAGGAAGGGGGCGACGAUGGGGGUCGGGGCGCGGGUGGAGGAGGAGCUGCUGAGUAGGGUUCCGGGGAGGUUGGUGGGGAACGGGGAGAGCCGCGCCGCGUCGCUCUUCACGCAGCAGGGUAGGAAGGGGAUCAACCAGGACGCCAUGAUCUUCUGGGAGAGAUUCGGUUCACGAGAAGAUACGGCUUUCUGUGGUGUUUUCGAUGGCCACGGGCCGUUUGGCCAUCUGGUUGCAGGAAAAGUAAGAGACAUUCUCCCUCUAAUGCUGAGUGCCAACAUAAAAAUGGAGCGAAGCAGAAGUGCCUCGUCGAAAGGAACUUCGUCUGUUUGCCAAGAUGAAGCGUCGAGGGGUUCCGGUGAAUCUGAAGCCAGAGUGGCGGGCGAAGAGGCCUUAGAGACGCUAGCAAAGUCGAUCCUUACAUCUUUUAGAAUCAUGGAUAAAGAGUUGAGCCUUCGUCGAAAUAUCAACAGUUUUGUCAGCGGCACAACUGCAGUAACCCUAAUCAAGCAGGGUGAAGAUCUUCUGAUUGGGAACUUGGGUGACUCGAGAGCCGUCUUAGGCACCAGGGACCAACGCAAUCGCUUAACUGCUGUUCAGUUGACGGUGGACCUCAAACCGGAUCUUCCAACGGAACUAGAAAGAAUCAAGAGAUGUAAGGGGAGAGUGUUUCCUUUUAAAGGUGAGCCGCAUGUGGCUCGCCUUUGGCGUCCGAACCAUGCCAGCCCAGGCUUGGCCAUGGCACGUGCUUUUGGGGAUUUUUGCCUCAAGGAUUGUGGCUUAAUCUCCGUUCCUGAGAUCUACUAUCGGCGCAUCACAGAACGGGACGAGUUCAUCGUGCUCGCCACCGAUGGGGUGUGGGAAGUAUUAUCCAACAGAGAAGUGGUCAAGAUUGUCGCGUCAGCACCCGAUCGGGCCUCUGCGGCUCGUCACGUUGUCGAGGCGGCAAAUCGAGCCUGGAGUCUCAAAUUACCAAACAACAUGACCGAUGACUGUACCGCCGUAUGCCUCUACCUCAACACUGAUACUACUACUACCACUACUACUACAGAUUCCUCUAAUCCCGUAAACAACAACGAAAUCGUGCUGUUAAAUGCUAACGGGACGCUUUCUAAUGAUGUUAACGGAAACCCUACCGAGAAACCAUCUGCGUCUCACUCGUCCUCGCGAAGGAGCGAGUAAAGCUCCAUGGAAGUGAGCUUUGAACUACCUUUUCGCGAAUCGCGUGGUAGGGGAUUCCCUUUUGUCUCCUAUGCUUCCGCGAAUGUGAUUGUGUUCUUACCAUUUCGUGUGUAAAGUUUCGACUCUGUUGGAUGACUUGCGGUCACUGUGUGCAUAGUAGUAGUUUGUUGCCGAGGAAGUUCAUUUUGUUGCUUGUAACAUCAAAUACAUCACUGGGUUGUAUACUUUGACCAAAAAGAAGGGGAAAAAUAUAAAUACUAGUGUCAUAUCUUUCAUUGCUUGGUUGUUAUGUGUUUGUUA